AGAAAGAGAGAGAGAGAGACGGGUGAGAUCCAGUGCUCCUCCUCCCUAAAGUUUCCACAGCUUCGACUGAAACUGGACGAAACUGAGGGCGAAAGUUCUGUACCAGUAGUGAAAAGUCAGUUGGAGCGGGCAGUCAAACGAUCUCGACUACAUUACAAGAGCGUGAACCAACGAACGAAUCCAACGACUUUAUCCGAUCAGCGGCCAUCAUGUCGUCCGUCAGCGGUGAACCGCGUCAUCCUCCCGUAGUUUCGAGCGUGUGCACCGAUCACGGCAUUUACUCGGGCACGCUAGUGGACCCGAUCUCGGCCAACCUAGAACACGGCCAGCAUAGACGACUUAGCGCUUCCUCGUCAUCGUCGUCCGUGACGGACACAAGCGAUCCCGCCGUCCGCCGUGUUGUCUACAACCUUUAUCGCGGCCUGCUGGGCACCUACAAUGACAAAGCCAACGAUAUCAUCAGCGCCAUGCCGCCCGAAAUGGUCCGCGAAGAUCACGGCAUUGCCAAACAUAUCGAGAGCAUGAUACGUCAAUCGGAAGAAAUCAAGAGCGGCGUUAGCCGCAGGAGCAGCAGUGCAAAUAUUGGCCCGUUUCUAUCAGGUGGCAAAAGCAGUGUUCACGCCUCGCCAGUUGGUAGGCCUAUAGAGACCAGUAACAUGGACGCCCCAGCCGGCCUAGGACUCGAAGGUGGAGUCGCGCUUCAGGGCAUGAUGGCAGGACCACCUCCACCACCACCACCGCCUCCUCCUCCACCUAUGCCCAGCAGCCAUGGACCCGGUAAUAUGCCGGCAAUCAGAAUCAAUACGGAGAUGGGAGGAGGGCCAAAUUCGGCGGGGAGAGCAGGUGGAGGUAAACAUGUACCAGGUGGCGGGGCACCGUUUAGCUACAUACCACCGUCUGCCAUUCAAAACGCCAUGAUGACCAAAGACAAAAAACCGUUCACGUAUACACCGGGCGGCAUUGAUUUUUUAGCCGAGAUCCGUUCUCCGCGUAUGCAACGUCGCAUAUCCAAAAACGCAGCCGACGAAGGCGUUUCUAGCCAUCCACAUCCGACACCGACCAAUCCUCCUGGAUCGUCGCCGACGCCGUCUCACUUAAGUCCUCAAGCUCUAAUGGCCAUGCAGCCUCAAAUAGCUGUACCCGUCUUUCCGCCGACGCCUCAGCAAAUGCCUGUUCUGCAUUCGCCCGCUAUGCACUUACCAGUAACUCCUCCAACGCCCACAGUGGUGGCCACCUCUCCGCUUCCUCCCCCUCCGCCGCCGUCGCAUCAGAAUUACAUCCAGCAGCAGAGUGUGGAAUCUUCGCCGCCACAGCCAAUGCGCAUCAACUUGAAGCCAGCGGUGCCGCAGUUUUUGCAAUCGCAACCCCAGACGCAAUCACCGGAGCAGAUGUUCGAAGAAAUUAUGAACUCUUUGUCGGCCAGGAGCGCUAGCAGUCAGGCUCAGAGUUCUAUUCCGGCCACUUAUACUCCACAACAGCCGGUUGUUGCUCCAGCGCCAGUAGCGCCAUCCGCUCCGACUACGGUACCGACUCCGGAGCGUCGAAACACUCAGUUGGGAUCAAUUUACAUCCCACCAGUAAACAACAAUGCUGCUAGCGGGAGUCCUAACACUAGCAACAACGCGAAUAGCAAUGGGCCAAGCGGACCUUUGUCCCCACUAGCAUCGGCUCAGUUGGCCAAGGCACCAAUGCCAUGGAUGAAUUCGCAGAAUCGGCCUUCUAGUUCUCCGACUCCAGUAUUCGUCCACAAUCAACAGCAGCAACACGAACGAGUUAUCCCUGUCGAUCGAGAAGAGAAUGUAAAACCGUUUCAAACUGCGGCUUCCGCAUCGGGGAACGUCCGCGUCGUUCCAAUCGCAGUUGAAGGAGGCCAUGCCGGGGGUACAGCCACGAGGGCCCCUCCGACGCCGCAAAGGAGUGUCUCGUCUGUUAAAGAUGAAACCGUCCAUCCACCCUGGCAUAACGCACAGGGCAAAGUUAUACCAAUUUACUUGGAGAGUAGUGGAUCGGGAGUUAAUACUAGUAUGACUCCAGUUACCGUUCAAAGGCAACCAGAUGCUCAACAAAGCUAUCAGCCGCAACAACAACAGCAAGCUCCCUGGCGGACGCAAGCUGCUGCCAACGCCAAUCAAAUUGCAUCCAUGAUGGACGAAUUGAUGAUGUCGCCAACAAAUAACGGGCGUCAACAGCAGGAACAGCACCACGAAUCGCCCUCGAAUCCGAUGGCAGCUGGAACUUACAGUCGUGCUGCCAGUGUCGAACAACCUCGCGGACAGCCGACACAAUCACGCUCCUUUCGCAUCUUACAGAUGAUCCACGAUCCAGCCGACGAUUCAGCUGAUGCUGAAGCCGAACCAGCUGAGAGUUCCGGACGUUUAUCACGUUCCUCUAUUGGCAGCAACAACAGCGGUGGCACAAGCGGUGGUCGCUUAUCCCAGCAUUCUGGGCCACCGCCAGUCGGCGAACGUCGCUUGAACCUGACUCAGGAUGAUCGUGAACUCAUGGACAUGUUCCGGUCACAAGUGAACGAAGAGCACUCGUUGCAUCAAGAAGUUGAUCCGCGUUAUCGCGGCUCGCACAUCCCAUCGCGAGCUUUCCGCAUUUUGCAGAAUUUCACCGCUACCGAUUCGUCCGCCGCUGAGGAUGCAUAUCAACAGCAGCAGCAAAUGAACCGUGCUCAAGCUAACAAUCCGAUGCCAUCCAACGUAGCAGGCACAACAACAAACAUUAAUCGUGGGCCACCUAGCGAACAGAGUGAACCCGAACCCAAAAAGUACAUGGGAGGAAACAUCCCAUCGCGGUCAUUUCGAAUGCUACAAGCCAUGACUUCUCUGGAUCCUAAUGCCGACAUGGAACGCGUCUUCAUGACGUCACGAAGUCCAGAACUAGUCGGCAGAAGUGAUUCGGUCGAUAGUGGUCCAUUCCAACAAAAAAAUGGCAAAUUAGAUGAAACAAUCAUAUCUGUAGACCUUACAAUGUCUUCACCUAACGAGACAAGAAAUGAGCCACACAAAGUGAAUGGAUAUGAAUCACCAUCAAACGAAAAGAAUGCCGAUGAACUAAAAGCCCCUAGCCCAAAUCCAACGCCUUCCAUACUCAUCGACAACUAUGAAGAAGAAGAAUUGCAGGCCCAGAUAGUAGUGUCGGCCACGACUGCAACGGACCAGCAAUCAGAAAUGAACACCAGCGAUCACUCGGGAUUGACAAACAGUGGCGCUGAAGUGAAACGUAGCAGCGAUCAAGAAGUUGAUGUUGACACGGAAUCGGAAACCACUCACCAUCACAGUCGACUCCUGCGACUUUUGAGUGGCGAUCUCGGAACUGACGGUGUUAGAGAUGCAGAGACCGGUGCCUUGUCGGUCCCGACUUCAACACCAUCGGCUUCGGAAACAGAAGCCAAUUUUUUGCCUCCUAACCUGCCAGGCGUGCGGUUACGCAUCCGCUCACUACGAGCUAAAGAUCGGAUUCCCUCGCGCGUUUUCCGUUCACUCCAGCACGAAUUCGAUUCAAGCACGGAAGACAUAACGCAGGCUGUCAUCUCGUCACCGCCCCCAUUUUCACCGAACCAUACCAACCAACUGACCUCAGGAUUCAUCGGCCAUUCUGGUUUCUUUCGUUACUCUCGACUAUAUGCUUCCGUAACGCCUGAAACGCCCUCGUCAGCAACGUCCGAAUUGGACGGAUUCUUCUCACAUCAUCAAAAUGCUCUUCAUUGAUUCAAAGAAAUGCUACAUGGUUCCAGACGAGCUCAAUUCUGGUGGGCCAGCAGAUAGUUUUUUAAGAAAAUGGAAAAUCGGCCAAGGUUUCAAAGGUACAAGCUCUUAACUCUGGAAUUCAAGCGAAUGAAUUUGGUUACCUCGUGAAAUGACUUCGAUUUAGUUUUUGAUUUAAAAAAACCUUAUCGCUAAACGUUCCGGGAAUUGGUAGAUGUCGUGUUUGAAACGUUUGGACUCGUUUGUAUGGGUCGUGAUGCUGAACUUGUGGUGAAUUUUGCGCUUGUGAACCGGAUUGCUGGAAUCAUUUGUCGUUACGCCGAGCAUGUCUUCGUCCGUCUUCACAUUGUUUACUCUGCGACAACAAUUGCGACGCGUCGGAGAAACACUUUAGCAGCACGUCGUACGUGUCCUCCUCAUUAUGUUUAUUUACGUAGUACAUGGGUACUAAUUUUGUUUACAGCUCGUAGGACAACCUCGUUCUUAGAACCUAUCGUCAGCUGUUCAUUUUUAUACCUUGCUCCUUGAUAAGGACGAUGAAUUCGAUUGCUUUUCAUGUGCCACUGUGCGUUAAUACUGUACUGCCGCCAUGACAUUUACCUACCCUUGCAAAGAAAACCAGAUACCACCGUUGCUAACUUUGAUUGAAUUUUAA